CUCCUUUUCCGUUCUUGCACUUUCUAACAUUCUCUCUUGCCGUAUCCUCGGGACCACCGCUGCUCCAGUCCUGUCAAAAAAAAGAGGGAAAAAGAUGCCUACGCUUUACACAGAGAAUCCAAAACCCUCUUUAGAGCAGGCAAGAGGGAGGGAUACUGGAACAGGGAAGUCAAGAAGGGUGAGAGGAGAAUGGUGUUCAAAGGCCGGUUCUUCUCGUCGAAGAAGUCGAAUUCCUCGAGCCCCGACGGAUCCAAUAGCCCGAAGACGCCGGCACUCGAGUCGCCCUCCCGAUCAGAGGAGAAGAAGGUCAAAACGGACCUCGCCGUCGGCCGCUACACCCUCAUCAAGGACGCCGUCAAGAACCACCAGCAAAAGAAGGACAAGAAGGGCAAGAAGCGGGAAACGAGGGGCAGGGAAACCGCCCCCGCCGCCGCGUCCUCCAAGGUCUCCCCUCCGGCCGCCGCCCUCUCCGCCCCGGCCAAGCUCCGGAAAGGGGCGGCGGCGUCGUCGCUCUCCCCCAUCCUCGCCACCUCUCUCGGGCUGAACCGGAUCGAGACGAGAUCUGGUCCGCUGCUGCAGGAAGGGCUCCGCGGGGACCACAGGAUCUCGGGCCUCGGCGGCAGCAACCUGAUCUCCAGGGGCCACGUCGAGGGGGGAUGCUCGACGCCGUCGUCGGCCGGGAAGGACGGCGGUGGCAGGGUGAAGAAGGACGGGAGGGCGCUCGACAAGGUUCCGGAGUCGUGCGCCGGAUCUUGGGCUGAUCAUGGGGGGAGCCGAGCAAAGGAGUGGUUAGCGGCGAGCCUGGAUGCUCAACUCGGGAGCCAGAUUCGCAAUGGCGAGCUUUCCAAUGUUCGAAUUGGGAAAACUAACUCAUCAUUGAAUCAUCCUGAAGAUUUAAAAUGUUCUGCUGCUUUCACUCCAGAAGUCAAGACUUCAUAUGAUGCUUGUGAAACUUCAAAGGAGUCUGAGUCUUCCUGCUUUAAAUCCAUAAUGCAGGCUACUAGUGCACCUAGAAAGAUGUUCCCUGCUGAUAUAAAAAGUUUUUCACAUGAGCUGAACUCAAAAGGUGUACAACCAUUUCCAUUUAGGAAGCCACGAAGCAUGUACAAUUUGAAGGGGGUGUUAAAAGUCAUUCAGGCGAAAUUUGAGAAAUCAAAGGAAGAGGUGAACUCGGAUCUGGCAAUUUUUGCAGGAGAUUUGGUAGGUGUAAUGGAAAAAAGUGCAGAAAGCCAUCCUGAAUGGAAGGUAACUUUGGAGGAUUUGUUGAUACUUGCUCGGAGCUGUUGUGUCAUGAUGCCUGGGGAGUUUUGGCUUCACUGUGAAGGCAUAGUUCAGGAUUUGGAUGAUCGCCGUCAAGAGCUUCCUAUGGGAGUUCUGAAGAAUCUUCAUACCCAUUUGCUUUUUAUCCUUACUCGAUGCACAAGAUUGCUUCAGUUCCAUAAGGAAACUGGUCUUGCUGAGGAUGAAAUUGCAAUGGAUCUUCAAGAUCCUAAAAUCAUCCAUUCUGCUGAUAAAAAGGUUGCAUUAGGAUCAGGAUGGGAUGGAAAAAACACGAAGAACUCCAUUAAGGCUGCUGCUUCAAGGAAGUCUUGUAGUCAGCAGCAGCAUAAUUUAAAAUUGAAAAGAAGCCAAGAAAUAAAGCCUGACAAUUUUUCUUCACGAUUUGGUGCUGACAUUGAAAAGGAUAUGGAUUUGCCUACUAGCAGAGAACGGAUAGCUUCAGGGAAACCUCUCCCUUCUCCUGCUGCAAAAUUCUGGAAAGAAGCUAGCCUUGUUGGAGAUGAAAUAUCCAACAGAAAAAUGUAUUCUCCAGAGAUAUUGAACACAAAUCAAAGUUCAGAUGUGGACUUGACCACAGUAAAUCCUCCCGACUUACCCAGUUAUGGUGAUUCUUCUGUGCGCUUGUCAGUUCCUUCCAAACAUCAACACAAAAUUUCUUGGGGGUACUGGAUGGAUCAGCCUAAUAUUUCCGAAGAGGGUUCAAUUAUGUGUCGAAUAUGCGAGGAGUAUGUUCCUAUUUUGAAUAUGGAGGAUCACUUAAUGAUUUGUGCAAUCGCAGAUUGGUGUGAUAAAAAAGGUUUGAGUGUUGACGAACGUCUCAACAGAAUUGCUGAGACUCUAGAGAAGAUGAUAGAGGCAUACUCACAGAAGGAUCCCCCCAAUGUGGUUGGAAGCCCAGAUGUGAAAAAGGUUUCUAAUUCAAGUGUCACUGAAGAAUUUGAUCUCCUUUCUCCAAAACUUAGUGAUUGGCCUCGGAGAGGAUCAGCUGAUAUGCUCGAUUGUUUCCAGGAGGCUGACAAUGCUAUUUUCUUGGAUGACUUGCAGAAUUUGCCAUCAGUGAAAUGUAAGACACGUUUUGGUCCAAAGUCUGAUCAAGGAAUGGCUGUACCACCAGCAGGCAGCAUGGGUCCUAGAUCUCCUUUGAUGACACCAAGAGCCAGUCACAGAGAGAUGCUUUUGGCAGGGAAAAAUGCAGUUUUUGAGAGUGAAGAUCUUCCACAGAUAGCUGAACUUGCUGAUAUUGCUCGAUGCAUCGCAAAUACUCCAAUGGAUGAAGAGCAAUCCUUGUCGUAUUUGGUUUUCUGUGUGGAAGAUUUGCAAGAAGUCAUGAACCGUUGGAAGUUUGAGGCACUUACAGUGCAGACAUUUGGCACACACAUAGAGAAGCUUCACCGGGAAAAGUACUUGCAGCUUUGUGAUUCACUUGAUACUGAAAAGGUUGAUGCAUCAAUUGCUGUGAUGGAUGAGGAAGAGGAUGUGGUUUGUAGCUUGCAAACAAGCCCUGUUCACCCUACCAUCAAGGAUCGAACAUCUUUUGAUGACUUUGAAAUUAUAAAACCUAUAAGUCGUGGGGCAUUUGGUCGGGUUUUCUUAGCCAAGAAAAGAACAACGGGUGAUCUCUUUGCCAUAAAGGUCCUAAAAAAGGCAGAUAUGAUUCGCAAAAAUGCUGUUGAGAGUAUAUUGGCUGAACGUGAUAUUCUAAUCACAGUUCAGAAUCCUUUUGUGGUACGAUUUUUCUAUUCUUUCACAUCUCGAGAGAACUUAUAUCUAGUGAUGGAGUACUUGAAUGGAGGGGACCUGUAUUCAUUGGUGAGAAAUUUAGGCUGCUUGGAUGAGGAAGUUGCCCGCAUAUACAUUGCAGAAGUUGUCCUUGCAUUGGAAUACCUACAUUCCCUGCACGUGGUGCAUCGGGAUUUAAAGCCAGACAAUUUGUUGAUUGCUCAUGAUGGUCAUAUUAAGUUGACAGAUUUUGGACUUUCGAAAGUUGGUCUUAUCAACAGUACAGAUGAUCUGUCUGCCCCUGCUGUCAGUGGGACAUCAUUAUAUGGAGAAGAUGAACAGCAGGUUUCUCUAUCUGAGCACUUGAACCAGCAGGAGCGGUGGAAGAAACACUCUGCUGUCGGUACACCUGAUUAUUUGGCACCUGAGAUCCUCUUAGGAACAGGACAUGGUGCAAGCGCAGAUUGGUGGUCUGUUGGUGUUAUUCUCUUUGAGCUCAUUGUUGGAAUUCCACCAUUUAAUGCAGAACAUCCACAGAUAAUCUUUGACAAUAUUCUCAAUCGUAAGAUACCUUGGCCCCGAGUACCUGAAGAGAUGAGUUUCGAAGCCCAAGAUAUAAUUGACAAAUUGUUGACUGAAGAUCCUCAUGAAAGGUUUGGACACAAAGGAGCAUCAGAGGUGAAGCAACACAUAUUUUUUAAAAAUAUUAACUGGGACACGCUUGCGAGGCAGAAGGCUGCCUUUGUUCCCUCAUCAGAUAAUGCACUUGAUACUAGCUAUUUCAGCAGCCGUUACUCUUGGAAUCCAUCAGAUGAAAACAUAUAUGAAGCCAGUGAGUUUGAGGAUUCCAGUGACAACAGAAGCUUAGAUGGAAGCAGUAGUUGUGUAAGCAAUCAUCAUGAUGAACAGGGGGGUGACUGUGGAGGUCUUGCUGAGUUCGAAUCUGGUUCAUCCAUCUAUUUAUUCAGUAACUUCUCUUUCAAGGGUUGUCUUCGGUGCGUUUGCAUGGAAGAGACCAUGGGACACCAACCGGGAUGCUCUCACCGACCUCCCCCAGCAAUUGGCGCGAUCAACCGGUGCAGCUGGUCCGAGGCUGUCCCAGAGUCAGGAUCAACAGCGGCCGUGGCCUACAUGGGACGGAACACGCGGAGGGCAGGGAAUGAUGUUCUCUCUGCAACAAGCGGUAUUCUGUUAAAGCAUUCACAAGGUAAAGCUGGGGCUGGAUACAUCGUGUGAUCGCCGUGGUCAGGUGUCAGCAGUACCAAAAUGGUUGCUCUUGUACGGAUGAAACUGUUCUGCCAUGAAGAUUUCAUGAGAAAAAUAACUCAGCAUUCUCCCUGGCAUGCCACAUGAGGCAUGAACCAAAUACUUGGCCGCAUUUGUGGUGUCAUUGGGAGAUGAAUGAAUCGCUGCACAAGCUUACAUUGUAGAUGCGGUAUAUCCAGCUUGUAUCAAGUACACUCAUGCUAUCAAUCCCAAGGAUGAAAUUACCAUUGUUCUAA